CCCGCGGCCGGGGGCAUGGCCGACAGCGCCAGCGAGAGCGACACGGACGGGGGCGGCGCGGGGGGCGCGCCGGCCGGCGGCGCGGCGGGGGCGCCGGCCGGCGGCGCGGCGGGGCCCGGCGGCGGCGGGAAGGCGGGCGGCAUCGUGAUCUCCCCGUUCCGGCUGGAGGAGCUGACCAACCGGCUGGCCUCGCUGCAGCAGGAGAACAAGGUGCUCAAGAUCGAGCUGGAGACCUACAAGCUCAAGUGCAAGGCGCUGCAGGAGGAGAACCGCGACCUGCGCAAGGCCAGCGUCACCAUCCAAGCGAGAGCGGAGCAAGAAGAGGAGUUCAUCAGUAAUACGCUGUUUAAGAAGAUCCAAGCUCUGCAGAAGGAGAAGGAGACGCUGGCAGUGAAUUAUGAAAAGGAGGAGGAAUUUCUCACUAAUGAACUUUCAAGGAAGCUGAUGCAGCUGCAGCACGAGAAGGCUGAACUCGAGCAGCAUCUGGAGCAGGAGCAGGAGUUCCAGGUGAACAAGUUGAUGAAGAAGAUAAAAAAACUGGAAAACGACACCAUUUCAAAGCAGCUGACUCUGGAGCAGCUAAGACGUGAGAAGAUUGAUCUUGAAAACACACUUGAACAAGAACAGGAAGCCCUUGUGAACCGUCUCUGGAAGAGGAUGGACAAACUUGAAGCAGAAAAAAGAAUUCUCCAGGAGAAGUUAGACCAGCCAGUGUCUGCUCCUCCAUCGCCAAGGGACAUAUCGAUGGAAAUAGAUUCUCCGGAGAAUAUGAUGCGGCAUAUCCGGUUUCUGAAGAACGAGGUGGAGAGGUUGAAGAAGCAGCUCCGAGCAGCACAGCUGCAGCACUCAGAGAAGAUGGCCCAGUACCUGGAGGAGGAGCGCCACAUGAGAGAGGAGAACCUGAGGCUGCAGAGGAAGUUGCAGAGAGAGAUGGAGCGGAGGGAAGCUUUGUGCAGGCAGCUGUCCGAGAGCGAAUCCAGCUUGGAGAUGGACGAUGAGAGAUAUUUCAAUGAAAUGUCUGCGCAAGGACUAAGACCUCGCACUGUGUCAAGUCCAAUUCCGUACACCCCUUCUCCGAGUUCUAGCAGGCCCAUCUCACCAGGCCUCUCCUACGCAAGCCACACCGUUGGCUUUACUCCUCCGACUUCGCUCUCCAGAGCUGGCAUGUCUUACUACAACUCCCCAGGCCUUCACGUACAGCAUAUGGGACCGUCCCACAGCAUUACGAGGCCUCUGCCGCGGAGAAGCAACAGCCCGGACAAGUUCAAGCGCCCCACCCCCCCUCCUUCCCCGAACACGCAGACCCCGCUGCCGUCGGCCCCCCUGCCGCCCCCCCAGCCAGCCCCCUUCCAGCCCUCCGCCCAGCCUUAGUACCCCCCGGCCAGCGACCGCCCUUCAGAGUUGGACUCAUCCCCGGAGCAGUUUACUACAAGCCAAAGGCUUCCCACGGUCAACGUGGCGUUGACUGACUUGCACUGAAGUUCUCGAGGCUUCACCGUUUCAUUGCGUUGUACAAGUUUGCCCAAGGACUCCUCCAGUGUUCGCUCGUUGCCUGCGUUCAGGGCGCCUCCAGGAAGGACGCGGACGACGGGCGGCUCGAGGGGAGCCCCUGCCCCGGGGUCCUUCCCACGUGAGCGGCGCCCUCUCCGUUUCUCUAAAGCGCAGCGUGGGAUCCGCGGCCUCGGCGUAAAGCAAGCCAACCGAAAUCCAUCGGUGUCGAUACCGGGACAUCGACGUGUGCCCCUCCUGCGGCUGGAACAUCGGCUCCUGGGUUUGGUAUUGCUGCGUUCCAUUUUGCUGAGCUCCCUGUACAGCGUUUACUUUACACCCCCCUGCCCCCCCCUCCGCUUCCUCCUUUCUACCAUAAAAAGGGAUAGUUCUCUCUAGUUCUUCACGACAUCUUGCAUUAUAAAACUAAGGCAUGGGCUGUAUAUUACAAGCUCUUGGAUAU